CUACGCAAAGCUGUGAUUUUGCCAUUUCAUCUUCCGGGACAGUGACCUAGGCCUUACUAAAAGCAAUGAGUGUACACCCAUUUGAGUGUCCUGUUGUGGGUAUUUAGUAGCCAGAGCACAUAAGCUUUGCAGCAUUCUAGUAGCUUGGAUUGAGUGGUUCCAGAGCAAUCUAGAUUGAAAUGAUUGGUUCCAGAGCAUUCUAGCUUGUAGCUUACUACACUUUGGUAGUAGAGGUUAUAAACCCUUGGAGUGUGCUGUUGUGGGCAUUGUCUAUCAAAGUUCAAUAGUAUCACAGUUUGGAUUGAUUGCUUUCAGGGCGUUCUAAUUUCUUUAGCUCAUUAUACUUUGUUCCUUUGUGAUUCUGCAUCCUUAGCUGUAAAGCCCAUCCAAUUUAUUGACCUGCCCAAUUCAUUGGAGAGCAAUCUGGUUUCAGGGAAUUUAGGUUAGAUUGAUCAACUACAUUGCUCUUUUUCGUGAUUUCUCAAGUCAUUGCAAAGCCUUUUCAAGUCAUUGCAACAUCUACCCAAUUCAUCAGAUUAAAACAUACUAGCUUGAGUUUAUUUCAAAACCUAUCCUAUCCAAUUUCUUACAACACCGACCCUAUCCAUCAGAAGGAGUACAUCUUCACCCAGUUGAGUUCACAUGGAGUUUGUGUUGCCAAUCUGCAUCCUCUUUAUGUUGGCAAAUGUGGGUGCCUGCACAGAGGUACGAGAUGUGGGCACACACAUUGUUUCUCUGGCCAAUGCACCAGUGAGUCCUCUUUCCCUGUCUCCUGCCCCUGCCCCUGCUCCUCCUCCUGCACCACACUUUGUCAAUAUCACAGAUGUUCUGCAACAAGCAGGGCAAUUUAAGACCUUUCUGAGCCUCUUGAAGGGCAGCCAGGUGGAGAACCAGUUGCAGACACAGGCCAAUAAUACACAACAGGGCCUCUCUCUCUUUGCACCUUCUGACACUGCCUUUGCUUCUCUGAGGCGGGAAUAUAAAGCCAUGAUUAACAAGCUCACUGACCAGCAAAAAACUUCUCUUUUGGAGUAUCAUGCAGUCCCUACAUUUUACAGUUUAGGCCAAUUUCAAAGCUUGAGCAGUCCUAUUUCCACAAUGGGUCCUUAUAAGUUCAAUGUCAGUGCUUUUGGAGCUCAAGUGAACAUGUCUACGGGCUUGGUUAAUGCUCCUAUCAGUAGCAGCAUUUUCUCUCAGAGUCCAGUAGCAGUGUACGAGGUUGAUAAGGUGUUGCUUCCCGAAGAAAUAUUUGGCCUUCCAAUUCCUACUCCUGCCCCAACUCCAGAGCCAGUCUCUGCUCCUGAAUCUGCCAUGGCUCCUACUGAUGGAACUUCUGCAAAAUCCCCUGACUCUAGUUCUGAUCAGUCAGAUGCUGCUUAUAAAAAUGCAUUUGUCAUUCAUUCCGUGCUCCUCAUGUUUGGAGUAUUUCAAGUUCUACUUUGGUAAUCCAUGCCUCAUUGGUGUAGGGCAAGUGGCAGCCCAUCAGGACCAACACACAAACAAAUCUCUGCAGCAUUGAAGUGAUUAUUCACUACCCGUUUUUCCAGCUAUUGAAAGUUUUUCAGGUUUAAUUUGAACAGCUUAGAUGAUGAUAAGAGACCGAAUAGAUGAACGACAUAGAGUGAUCUCUGAUGGUGGGAAGCAACUAUAGACUUAUCAUGUUUGGCAGCUGUGAAUAAAAGAAUCAUGAAAAGUAUAGAACAGAUUAUUUUAUUUUAAAGAAUUUAAUUGAUGUA